AUGGCAAUCCUCACCCAUUACCACUGGCUCGCCGAAUCCCGCGGAGGAAAAUACACAUUCCCCUCCCACGAACCCUCCCACAUCGGAACCUACGACUGCCAGACAUGCGUCGGAGUAUACUUUGCCUUUGAAGACAACAGUUGUUUCUGCGCACACAUCAACCCCUACAUUCUCACCCUCGGUUCAAAUUUCUCACACGUGCCACAAUUCUCCGAAGGCGAGAAAUUACAACAAUUAAUCGUUGAACUGUUGAAACGAUUUUGUGGCUCUGCCGCCAGUCUUAAGAAAGGUAGGGAUGUGAUUGUUGUUUGUCCGGAAAUGUAUGCGGAUCAAUGGGGUCAGGAUUCGAGGAAGUGGAGGAAAUUGGUGGGGUGGUUUGUUGUUGAGGGGAUUCGGGAGUGGGUUGAGGAGGAUCAGGAGGAUUGUAAGAGGGUGGUUUUUGAUGGGGAGGCGCAGGGGUUUGUGGUUGAUCAUUGGAGUGGGGAGGUUGCUAUGAUUUCUAAGAGGUGUUCCGUGGAGGAGGUUGGGGGAGGGGUUGUUGCUGGGAGGUGGUUUGUUGUUCCUGAGGAGAGGUCUUUGGGGGGGAGGAUUUGGGAACCUUUUGUGGAGAGGGGAGGGGGUUAG